UAACAAGACAAACAUUGACGAUUGGAGCUGCUUGGCUGCUGUUGUUCUCCAACUCUAGUCAAGUGGGCUAAAACGGACUACUGACAGAUACCUGAUCGCCCUGGAACUUUGUAAGUUCAAAAAUCUGGUAUUGUGUGCUAUUGUAUGGUAUUGUGGUUAUCGUGCCGCUCAAGGUUGAAUACCCCACCAACAAUUUUCGAACAGCCUUUCCAGGACUAUUUCUCUGUUUCCCUUUCUGCUUUCCAGCAGAGCCACCUCUUGUUCCUUCCCAUCAGAGUACAAUCGGAAGGUUUUUGCCAAGUCAUUGCCAGAACAAGUCGCAUGACGAUUUGCCUGCAGCGUAUCCUUUGACUAUUCCUUCUGGCGCAUCGGUGCUCUUAUCCCAAUAUGAGCGACGCAGCCGUUCAGGACCAGCCCGAGGUGGCUACUGCCGCUUCAACCAACGAGGCCCAGCCCGUAAACGAAAGCGCCGUUGCUGUUGAAUCUACCGACAAGGCCGAACAGAAGGCAGAGGGCGCGUCUGACGCCCAGAGUACCACUGAGAAAUCUGCAGAAGAGGCUGCACCCGAGGCGCAGGACGCCAGUGAAAAGGCCGAUCAGAAGGCGGAGGAGGCUCCGUCCGCCGCCCAGAAUGGCGCUGACAAGACCCCAAACAUUCUGAAGACUACGGGUCAGAUCGACCGCAAAGACUUUAAGAAGAACAGAAAAUAUGAUCCCAACACCCAGCCAGUGACCGACGACCCGGUCAAGAUUCGGAAUCAGGUCGAGUUCUACUUCAGCGACAGCAACUUGCCAGGCGACAAGUUUAUGUGGGAGAACACCGGCGGCGAGGAGAACAAGCCCAUCUCGCUCAAAACCAUCUGCAACUUCAAGCGCAUGCGGCAGUUCCAGCCUUACUCAGCCGUCGUCGCCGCCCUCCGCGAGAGCAACUUCCUCGAAAUCUCUGGCGAGGAGGGCCAGGAGGUGGUCAAGCGCAAGAAGGCCUACACCUCGUCGACCGAUCUCCAGAAAGCUAAGCUUCAAGCGAGCGUCUACGUCAAGGGAUUCGGCGACGAGGAGCCAUCAACUCAAUUCGACAUUGAGGCCUUCUUCGCCCCCUACGGCCCUGUCAACUUGGUCAAGCUCCGGCGCACGGCCGAAGACUACUUCAAGGGCUCCGUCUUCGUCGAGUUUGCCAGCGCCGAGCUCGCCGAUGCCUUUGUGAAGCUCGACCCCGCCCCGACCUGGAAGGGCCACGAGCUCUUGAUCAUGAAAAAGCUCGACUACCUCGAAAUGAAGAACAGGCAGAUCAAGGAGGGUCUGUUGGAGCCCAGCAGUGGCCGAAAGAUUUUCUGGGAGGGCAAGGAAAAGGGCUUGCGCGGCGGACGUGGCGGUGCCCGGGGCGGCCGUGGUGGAAGCCGCGAUGGGAAUAACGACGACUGGAAGAAGCGACGUGAGGGCGACCAGAAGAACGGGUUCAAGCACGGUGGUCGGGGCCGUGGUAGGGGCAGAGGCAGGGGUGGCCGCGGUGGUCGUGAGCGCGAUAACAAGGGCCGCGAGGAGAAGAAGACCGAGGAGGUCAAGAAAAGCACUAAUGAUGUUCAAAUUCCCACCAUCCAGUCUACUGCCGAGCCCAACGGUAAGCGGGCCAGGGAAGAUGAUGGCGAUUCGGCGCCUCCGGCAAAGAAGGUCGACACCAAGACGGAGGCCGUGGCGGCGCAAUAGGGGCGGCGUUUUGUGCCAGGUUUGCGGACUGUUCUGGGUUUACAGGUCCGUGGCUGAUAUCCGACCGGGCUGUACAAUUUUAUUCUCCUGGACGGCGUUUCGGGCUGGUCUUUGCUUUUUAGAUGGGAGGGGCCUCCAGAAAAUAUGCGUUGGGAAUAUGCUGUGAAAUGGACUUCGGUUUGGCAACUCCGGUGCGAGACAUUGUGCCAGGGUUUCGGACAGAGCGGCUCAGUCUUCUUGAUUUUGAAUCUGACAUCCCAACAAGAUGAGCGAAGCUUUUAGCCGAAUAGAGUGGCCAUCCAGCAUCAUGAUUUUGCGGCAUCUCGAGCUGUCAUUUCUAAGCAUCUGUGUUCCUCAGUCCGACAGCGCAUGGAGCAUGGUAGCGGGCUGGAGUGAUAAAAGUAGGGACAUACUUUCGCCAGCUACUUGGAGAACACAACAAUUGCAUACAGAUCUUGGCUUGAUUGAAUCUACAGUGA